CCAAGUGCUUUAUUGCUGGAGGCUGUCAGCUGGCUGGUAGUUGUGAUUUGUCUGAACACAUGAUGACUUGCGGGCAGACAUGAGGGCGUUAGACUUGUUUGAAUGUAAAUUGCAGCGAUUCCCGCUGUUGUUUCUUAUCUUGUCGUGUAGCCUUUCACCUCUGUCGGCCAUCCAUAGUUUGAAGGCUUCGUGGAAUUUUCGUUUUAAUGCGGCUUAUAAAGCGAACGCUGAAGAUUUGUGGUUUACCCAGAAACUGGACCAUUUCAACGGGGCGGACGACCGAGUAUGGAAACAGAGAUACUUUAUCAAUGAUACAUUCCACCGUCCUGGAGGACCUGUGUUCCUUAUGAUUGGAGGGGAAGGGCCUGCAAACCCAGCCUGGAUGCAGCAUGGUACCUGGCUUGUCUUUGCACAGAAAUUUGGAGCACUCUGCCUGAUGUUAGAACACAGAUACUAUGGAAAAAGCCAUCCCACAGAAGACUUGAGUGUUGAAAACCUUGUGUACCUCAGCAGUAAACAGGCUUUGGGUGAUCUUGCUCAUUUCCGUACUGAGAUGGCACAAAAAAUGGGUCUGACUAACUCAAAGUGGGUGGCAUUUGGGGGAUCAUAUCCUGGAUCACUAGCAGCUUGGUUUCGAUUGAAGUAUCCCCACCUUGUACAUGCAGCAGUUGCCUCCAGUGCACCUGUUAAAGCUGUGGUUAACUUUCCAGAAUAUUUGGAGGUUGUCCAGCGCUCACUUGCUUCAUAUAGUGCUGCGUGUCCCCAGAAAGUGAAAUAUGCUUCUGAUACUCUUGUGAAUCAGUUGAAAGACACCAAGAAUUAUGACAAGAUUACUAAGGAUUUCAGACUGUGUGAUACAUUAAAGGCAUCCUCAGAUUCUGACCUGCCAUACUUCUUGGAAACAUUAGCUGGAAACUUUAUGGAUGUGGUCCAGUACAAUGAAGAUAACCGAGAAUUUGAGGGUGUGCCAGGCACUAAUAUCACAAUCAAAGUCCUUUGCAAUAUUAUGGAAGAUGAAUCUCUUGGAACACCAUAUGACCGAUAUGCUUCAGUGGCUCAUUUGAUCCAGACAACUUUGUCGCAGAAAUGUCUUGAUGUAAAAUACAAGAAUUAUGUAAAAGAUAUGUCCAAUACCUCUUGGGAUGGACCAGCAUCUGGUGGAGGAAGGCAGUGGGUGUACCAGACAUGCUCAGAAUUUGGAUUUUAUCAGACCACUGAUUCCCCAAAUCAGCCAUUUUCUGGAUUUCCUCUUCUGUACAAUCUAAAGCAGUGUUCAGAUAUCUUUGGCUCCUCUUUUACUGCCACUUCAGUGACUAAUGCUGUGCAACAGACUAAUGAAGAUUAUGGUGGCUAUGAUAUCAAGAGCAGCCGGAUAGUGUUCCCUAAUGGAUCCAUAGAUCCUUGGCAUGCACUUGGAAUCACCCAGGACAUCACCGGCGACCUACCAGCAAUUUUUAUUGAAGGUACAGCACAUUGUGCAAACAUGUAUCCAGCCAGGCCUGAAGACCCACUCGUGCUAACAUUAGCAAGGGGACAUGUCUUGACGCUCCUAGAGAAAUGGUUGCUUUAGUAAAAAUAUCAACAUUUUGCAUAAUUUAGUUGUUUUCAACCUGCAGGCAAAGGAAAGGUGUUAGAUACAUUUUUUUUCAUUGUUACUUUGUUAUGUUGAGAGGGUUCAGAAGAGGGAUGCAAGAAACUUCAGUCUAGGAGAAAUUUCUGUUGCAUUAGUGGGUGACUAAGAAAACCCUGAAUCUUUUUAGCAUUUCAAUUAUUGUUGAUAUAAAUGUUGUGAAGAUUCAUUGAAAAAGUAAGCAUUAUUUUUUUUUAUUUCAGGAGUAUCAGUCAUUUUAACAGUACCUAAAAUGGCUUACAGGUUUAUAAAAUAAGCCUAUACCUGAUAUAUUGAUAUAAUUAAUCUCAUGAAUUAAAAUUUUACAUAACAAACAGUAUGACUUGUGCGGUAUGAGAGAUUUCUCUCUAACCUCUUUACAGAAGCAAAUGUGUUGAUAGUGAAAAAUCUAUUGUGUCAUGGGAGCACAUGCUUAAAUGCUCUGAGCAGAACAUGGACUUGGUAUUCAGUUUGUUUUUCUGCUUAAUUAGAUGGUAUUUUUGAUGUUAGCCAAAAAAUGCUGUAUAAAAUAUAUUCUUUGUAAUAACAGAAUGGUUGAGUUUUUUUCCCUUCUACAUGUAUUUUGAUACAAUUAAUUUACUAAGAGAGCUAAGUGCAAACAAAAUUUAGAUAUGUUUACUGUGGGAUAUUUAGAACCAGGAAUUGGCAUAAAUGUGUGAAACCUGAAUAAGCAAAACACAAACAAGCAAAACAUACAUUCAAAACCUGAGAAUUAUUAAAUUCCUAAUAUACCAGUUUGUCAAAGGUUAAGCUUGAGUGGCAAUUUUGUUUUGCAGCUUUGUUUUAAAGCCCUUUUAAUCAGAGCUGGUGAUAAGAAAGUUGUCAUUCAAGUACUGUGGAGAUGUAAAGAAAGAACAAAAAUAAAUGCAUCAUAUUUGUUUUGUG